AUGAAUUCGUCUGAUGAUUUAAUUCAAAAAUGCCUUAUUGAUUGGCGUAUUAAAUUUUACGAAUAUACUCGCUUCAAGGAUAUUGAGUUGAUUGGAGAAGGUGGACAUGGAAAAGUGUAUCGUGCUACUCACAAGAAUAACGAAAUUACUGUCGCAUUAAAAUCAUUUAAAAGUAAUAAUGUGACCAUUAAAGAAAUUGUUAAUGAGCUUAAAUUACACUGUAAAGUGGACAUGCAUUCUAAUAUUAUACGCUUACACGGCGCUACUAAGAACGAAGAUCAACCGAAUUUAAGUUCCUUAAAUUAUAUGUUUGUUCUUGAAUAUGCUGAUAGCGGUACAUUAAGGUCGUAUUUGCGAAAUCAUUUUAAUUAUCUUUCCUGGAAUGAUAAGAUUAAUUUUGCGCUACAGAUUGCUAGUGCUAUUAAAUCAUUGCAUGCUGAAGAUAUAAUACACCGUGACUUGCAUUCAAACAAUAUACUUAUUCAUCAAAAGAACCCUCAGAGCUUUGAAGGGUCAAGAAAUGAAAAUAGAACAUUUAUAUUUAAUAAAAAAUCUGAUGUAUAUAGUGUUGGUGUUCUUUUGUGGGAAUUAUCUAGCGGUUACCCACCAUUUAAGGAUGAUGUUAAGCCAUAUCAACUUGCUUCGUUAAUUGUGGAUAUUAAAAAUGGUGUUCGAGAAACUCAUAUCGAAGGAACACCGUCCGAAUAUAUCAAGAUCUAUUCAGAAUGCUGGCAACAUAAUCCUGAUAGCCGACCAGAUAUUCAGCAAGUCUUUUUAGGCCUAAAAAAUUUAAUUACCAAUAAUAAGCAGUCUAUAAAUAGAAUUGCUCAAGACUCAAAUACAUUAGAAACUCAUGGAUCUACUCGAAAUAGUUUGUUUAUUUCUGAUUCAACAGAGGGAAUUUUAAUGCAAAAUACUUCAUCAUCACUAUUAAACUAG